CAGAAACGCGGGGUUGAUGAUAAGGAUCUCCUUCCAUACUUCCCUUACCGAGAUGAUGGGGAGAAAAUAUUGGAGGUUAUUGAACAAAUGGUGAAGGAAUAUAUGGACUUGUAAGUAUGAAUAGUUCUUGAGGGAGUUCACCAACCGGGAAUCGAAAUGGGAAUUGUAAUCUAAUGGUAAAUGAAUCAAACCAAGCCUAAAACCGGAGCUCCUUCUAAAUACUCUAAUUACCCAUUUAGAUUUCUCUCGAUGUUUCUGAUUAGCUAGUACCUAGCUAAUUCUUCUUAACAAGCCGUCUAUCCAACUUUGACGAUGUUUGCCGACAUCGAUAAAAACGACCUCAUCGAGGAACAGGCAAAUGUUGUUAAGACUGGAAGGUUGGUUAAGCAUGUUUUGAAGUUGGAAAUACAUUUGAACGAUUUAUGAACAACGAUUUUACGAUUCGGCUUUUUUGAAGGAUUUUGCAGAUUACAAGGAUGAUAUCCACCUCGGUCAUAGUCACCCUAUCCAAAAAUUGCUAAAAAAAAAUGAAAUGAUAACGGUCUAGAAAAUAACUGGGACGCGCAGAUUCAUAUGGAAAUAUCUGCAAAGAUCCGAUGCUGCCUCUUGUCCUUCUCGUACUGAGGUUCACAAAGAUACUUGAUAUUGAUGAUAGUUCUUGACUCAGAGACCACAUAUGAGAAAAAUUAAAUUACCGCAUUUUUUUAUUGUUUUAGGUAUUAUUACGACAAUCUAGACGUAAAGGAAGACAAAGAAUUUGGCAACUUUCUCAAUGAGUUGUCUAUUGAGGGAAACCCGCUUUUCCACGGCCGCAUUGGAAAGGUAAGCUUACUGAGAAGUUUUUCAUCAGUUGUUGCUUGUCGCUGCCAUUAUUCUUACCAAAUGCUACUAACCUAGCAGAAUUAGCCUUGCACUUUAAACUUAUUCAAUCCUCUUUGCGGAUGAGCAUUGUUUGGAAAUUCUUUAUGGAUCUUGUAACAAAAUUGGAUGGUAAUUUCCUAACUGCUUCGCUAUUUUGCGCGACUGGUUCUCGACCAAUCAAAAGCCAAAAAUAUAAGACAAAUUUGGCUGGCUACAACUUAUUUACUAGUCCAUUUAUCACCUAAAACGGACAGGCGUAUAAGUGAAUCAUCCUUUAUAUUAACAGAUUAAAGGUUUACCGCCAAAGAUCAAUACUAAAGAAGAACUCUGUGAUAUUUUAUCUCGGAUCAUCUCACAACUGAGCCUCCAACACUCCACAGUCAACUACCCGCUAUCAGACUAUGCUGAGUACACUCCUAACCUACCAACGAAGCUGUACAAUGACACCAGACUGAAGGAAGGGGAAUUCUCUGUUCUGCGACUGCCAAACAGGAAUACAUCUGUUGUAAGUUUUUCAAGUUUAACUAGUUUCGUAACUGGCUAAUUAAAUGUGUUAGUUUGAAGCUACCUUUCGUGUUAAAUAGUUUUAUCACUGUUUCUGCCUCCUGAUAUGGAGAGUUAGUUUUUCGGUCUGCACGUGUAAUUGAAUUACAGCACCAGCCUUCUCUCAAUCAGUCUUCCUUUUCAAAGCGGCAUUUUAAAUCUUCACUGAGUCGAUGGAAGUCUUUCUUUCAACUAGUUCACUUUCUUUUUUAAAUUGUGAGUAUAAGCAGCUCCACCAUUUUAUAUAGUAGCCAGAUACAGCCCACAAUCCCUUGAUUGAUUAUGGUGAUACAUUGACCUUUUAGACUAGUAAAACCAAAUUUUUGUGGUCCUCUCUUCCUCUAACACUGCAGCACAGUUUCGGUUUCAGUUUCUAUUAGACCCCUCAUGUUAACUGCGCCUUACACCUUCCGAGCGAAGCCAGUUUGACUUUAAUAACAUAAUGUUAAUGAAGCGUUUUAAAUGCCAACAAUUAUUGGUAUUUCUGAAACGGUAACGUUCAAGCCAACGGUCCAUAUGGGAGAUCCUUCAUGAAUAGUAACUAAGGGAGUCUGUUUGUGGUCGACAGUAGAUAAAUUCGUUGAAGAAGGUGUUUCAGUUCAUUAGUCAACAUAGUCUUCCCAGUGAGCCACUGUUCUGUCUAAGGGCCUGUUUACAUGGAGGUGUGGUACCCCAGGUAGGUGAGGUAAAAUAUGGCGGGUCAGCCCACCUAUCAUGUAAACGUGAUCAAAUUAAAAUGAGAGAUGAUAUGGACAAACGGGUUACCCCACCUAAGCGGGUUACCUCACUUACCUGGGGUCCCCCACCUCCAUGUAAACAGGCCCUAAAACUUGAUGGUGAGCCAGUGGUACCCUGUAUAUCUUCCUACCGUGAAAAUAUGGUUUCACACAUCUUAAUUUCCAGAUCGAAGCCAGCUUCAGUAACUCCCUGGCGUUAUACCGUUUGGACACUUUAUUUGACUACGGCAACAACCUUGAGGACAUCAAAGCUGUGAAUCUUAUCAACGAAUACUACAGUUACCUCAUGUACGAGGUUCAACCUAAGAUGCAAGAAGUGAAUGAAGAACGAAAGGAGAGAGGUGAUCUGACCUACCCCUUCCUUAUCCCGAGAUGGAUACCUAAUGGAAUUCAGACCUAA